UUCUCCGGGGCUAGGAGUCGUUUCCGCUGCCCGGAGUCACGUGCAGCUGGGGAAUUAAAGCCUCCUCGGCGGCGCUGCAGUUUCGGGGAUGGAGUCUGCGGGCCGGAGUCGAGUCGGGAUCCCGCAACCGCCGGGAGUGCAGGAGCAAGCCGACUCCGCAGCCGCGCAGCCGCCGCGGAGCUUAGCCGGAGCCGCGCCCGACGCCGCGAUGGGAGACUCGGCGCAGGAGGAGCAGAGUCUUCUCCUGGCAGCAGCGUAUGUGUAUGAUGCCCAGUACAAUAGGAACAUCCCCUUUGAUACCUCUCCACGGGCAGUCAGACUUUACUAUCUGUAUAACCACUGGACUAUGCAAGCGGCUACCUACUUCUUUAUAUUUGUAGACCUCGCACUUGCGCUGUUUGAAGAGCCAGCUGUGUACCUGCUGCCUUUCUUGGUUACCUCGCUGACCGAAGUCUUAUGCCUUCUGGUUUUCUUCGGGAGGCUCUUCCAUUUUGCGCAAGUCACUCCUCGCGACGUGUUCUGGAAGGAUACAAAGAACAUCUGCAUCAUGAUAACCGUACUGAUGACUUUAGUUGACCUGAUUGUCUUCGGAGCUCUUAGAAUCUCAAGCAUACGUGGCGUCCGGUGGUCAAGGCCCUUGAGACCCAUCUUCUUAAUAAACUUUGCAGAAAGUCGCCAGAUCCGAAGAGCAUUCCGUAGCAUCCGGAACACGCUCCCGGAGAUCACCUACGUCUUCCUGCUGUUUAUGUUCAGUGUCCUGAUGUUUUCUCUCAUGGCUUUGAAGCUGUUUGGGGACAGGAACCUGAAGACUGUGGAAGGUUUGCCGUAUUUUUCAAAUUACCUCGAAAUCGUCUUUGACAUGUAUGUGCUGGUCACCACAGCAAACAGCCCCGAUGUCAUGAUGCCAGCUUAUGACUUCAGCUGGUGGUACUGCCUGUUUUUCAUACUCUAUGUUAUUAUCAACACCUACAUCUUCAUGUCAGUCUUCCUGGCUGUUGUGUACAACAAUUACAGAAAACACUUAAAGAAUGAGAUCCGCAAACUUGCUUACAUGAAACGCCGCAAGAUGAUAGAAGCCUUCAACCUCCUGAAGGUGAAGGAGGAAGCAGAGUUUGUCGUCAGAGAAGACCGCUGGAAGCGGCUUGUGAAACUGGUGGCCCCCGACAUCAGCACAUCCCACCGAGAGUUGUUGCUGCGAAUAUGUGACGAAGAGCAGAAGGGCUUUGUGGACAAAAAAUCUUUUGUGCGUCUGGCUGAUCUUUUGAAUAUACAAGUGAUCACCAUGAAGCUCCACAGCCACCCCCUGGAAGUCUGGAUUCCCCACGUGUACAACUCUGCUCCUAGCCUCGUCAUUCGCAAGAUGGUUCAGCACAAGGUAUUUGUUUGGAUGUAUGAUGUGAUCAUACUAAUCAAUGCCGUCUUUAUUGCGUUGGAUGAAGAGAACCCACUCAUUUCCUACGCAGAGUGGGUGUUCCUCAGUCUGUAUAUCGUCGAGAUUCUUCUGAAAUUGUACACCUACGAACCCAGAACCUUUUUUGCAAGGAACCAGUUCUGGAACUGGUUUGAUACUUCUAUCAUUAUUGCUGCCUUGAUUGCAACUGUACUCAACGCUACCCUUAAAUCAGUGACCGUAUACAACAGCCAGCAAGUAUUGGACAUUGUUUUUAUCCUGAGAGUUCUUCGACUCAUAAGAAUCAUAGACAGUAUACAACGGUUCCGGGUCAUCAUGACUACGCUAAUAAACAUUGUACCUACCAUGCUGACCUUUGGUGGACUGGCUCUGGUGGUGUAUUAUGUAUUUUCCAUCAUCGGAAUGGAAAUCUUCCACGGGAAAGUCCAGUUCUUCGCUGGAAACAGCACCGUGCAACAUGCCCUCUACUGCGGAAACCCCGCUCUGAAAGACACCACCUUUGCUCGGGCCAAAUAUUGCAAGAAUAACUUCAAUGACAUUGCGUCGUCUUUCAUCGUCCUAAUGGAAUUAACUGUCGUCAACCAAUGGCAUGUGCUUGCCAGUGGAUUUGCCCUCGUGACUCACGAGGCAGCAAAGCUGUACUUCAUCACCUUUCAUAUCGUCGUGGUCAUUAUGAUCAUUAACAUCUUUAUAGCAUUUAUUCUGGAAGCUUUCUUUGUGGAGUAUUCCCUUGAAAAGAGCGAAGUGGAAACUGCCAUCGAGAAGAAAAUCCAAGAACUUGGUGUGGGCAUUCAGGAGGAUGAACUACUAGAAGGUCAACUGAUAGACAAUAUGGAAACCAGUGAAAAUGACCUUGGAGGUGAUGAGGCAGCAGCAACGAAGAAGAAACCGAAAGGACUGAUGUUUAAAGUUGCUUCCAAAAGAUACAGGACUGUUGAUGCUUUACUUCAACGCAUGUUUGAAGCAGAGAUACCUCCGGAAGAAGAAGGCCCUUCACUGGAGCAGAUCUUAAACCUUUCACCGGAUGACACUUACCUGAAGAACCCCACCUUCAACAGUGCUGUAUAACUGGAAGCUGCUUUUCAGGUGGCUCACUAGCUGCCACCUUUAGAGCUACCACAUGCAGAUAAGAGGUCCUGAUGCUCUGCUCUCUAAUCCCUCCCUCCAAUUAACAGAGCAUCCCACAGUGCUAUUUUUUUAAAGUGUAUAAAAUCAUGAAAAUUGCAGUAUUUUUUAUAAAGGGAAAAAAAGCACAUUGAAUGUGUCUAAAAUACUUGACUCUCUCCAAAGAUACUUAGCAUGCUAUCUAAAUACAUAGUACUAAAACCUGUAUAAAAUGUCCACUAUUUACCUCUGUAACCUGUUUUGAUACAGUAAUGCUUUUCCUUGGGUGCAUUAUCAACCAAUGUGGGGUAAACCAAUAAAAAGUUAUAAAGAGAA